AUGUGGGCCCAGCCUGCCCGUGCUUCUCUGUGUGCUCCGCCGGGGCUCAAAAAGGAAGAGGAGGCAGCCAGGACGAGAAGGAGCUGGGGUGGGUGGCCCAGUCAGAGCUGCUCUUCCCACCCUCCUGAGACACCCCCCACCCGCCUUCCCAGGAUGCAGCAGGAGGUGGAGCCCCUGAGCUCCUCCGCCCUGGGCACCCCCGGCCUGCACAGGGAAGCAGGAGCCCUCCUUGCGGACCUCGAGACCUCAGAAGAGACCCAGGCUUGGAGCCUGUGCAGGCCCAACAAGUCCUCGAAGCAGUACCUGCGCCAGGUGGUAGCAGAGUAUGAAACGCUGGACCGAGAGCUCCCGUGCAUCCGGAAGUUCCUCACGCCACCCGCUGCCCAGCCCCUCUGCCUGUGCCUGGAGAUCUCGCCUGAGCAGGACCUUACCCACCUAGAGGUGCUGGAGGCGGUGGAGGCCGAACUACCCGGGGCCAUGGAGAGCGGUAGCGUGAGCAGCAUCCGCUUUGAGAACAUGAACGUCAUCUGUGGGACCGCGGGGCGCAGGAACCGGUGGCUCAUCACCGUCUCGGACUUCCAGACCCGCUCGCGCCUGCUGCGCACGGGGCUCCGCCUCCGCGGGUCGGCGCACCCGCUCCAGCGCCACGACGAACUGCUGCUGAGCGAUUACCGCCUGCACCUCCGCCGCUCCCUGGUCCGACGGCGCAUGCUCGAGGCUCUGGGGGUGGAGCCGACCGAGGAAGACUGACAAGUGUGGGGGGGCGGGGCGGACUCUGGCUGCGCUUGCGCACCGCCUGGCCGGUUCAGGCUAUUCACCCGGAACCCCCUCCCCCUCCCCGGAAAGGGGGCGUGGCCUCCCCAGGAAGGAGGCGGGGCCGGCUCGAGGGGGUGGAUACUGUGAGUUUAAUUAUAAAGAAUGACCUGGUACAAAAGCCAUUUCUCUCUGCAAAAUCUUGGUGGGUAGUCAGGGGAGAUGAUGGGGGGGAGGGUCGAACCCCCAUAAUAGAAUCCCGCCUUCCCAGUCCUCCCCCGGCCCCUGCAAAUGGACGCCUGGGUCCCAGUGCCUCGAGGGAUGAACUGAGGCCCGGGUCCCGAACCCAGGCUCGGCGACCAGCAGACGUCCGGACCCGCCCCCCUCUUCUUCCUCUUCCCACCCCCCUUGGAAGACAGUUCUCCGGGCUUUUAUUUCAGGUUGUUUUUUUUCUGGAUUUUUUGUGUGUGUUCUAGGGUUUUGUUUUUUUUCUUUUUGUAUUUUCUUUUGUUAUUGUAACUUUUUGCU